AUGGAAUUUGUACCUUUUAUAGCAAUACCGGGUCGGUGGGACGGACGUCGGAACCGGCCCGUUCCUGAUGCGGUGUGGUUGGAACAGCACCGGAGCGCGCUACCCUUCGUACUGAAGCGGGAAAACGAGCGAGGGAGCGCAGCCGCGCCUCGAUUGAUAAAACUGGGGGAGGGUGUGGAGAUCCGCGAAGAGCUGCUGCGCGGCGUGAAGUGGGGCGACUACCGGAAAGUGACGCGCGGGCUGGCGGCGGCGCUGUUCUCGCCGAUGGAGCUGGCCACGUGCUCGGUGACGGGGCAGCGCUGGUCGCGCGCCGGCCAGGAGGCGCGCCCCACCAAGCCGCCGCUCGACCGCCGCCGCGUGCACGCGCUCAUCUCCUACGUCAGCCGGCACUUCCCCGACGUCGAGGUCAGCCGCAUCAAGCAGGUGCUCGCCUACAAGUGCAAGGAGAACUGCGCCGCGCUCCGCAUGAGGACCGCCAGUGAGUCGACCAACUACCUGCUGAGUGCAGCGGCGCGGCCGCCGCCAUGCGACGACGCCCCGAGCGGCAGCACACGGCCUUCAUAUUCCAACUUCGAAGCGAAACCAGCGGGCGGCGGCGGCGGGCCGGCUCGGGAUCCGGGCGGGGCGGGCGGGCCGGGCGCGCCGGGCGAGCCGCAGGAGCGGCCCGAGGCGGAGGGCGAGGCGCAGUGA